AGUCAGCGGGCCGCGCCAAGCCCACCCCGCGACAGCCAGCGCGCGCCGCCACCGACGCGCAGCCCCCGGCCUUCUCCCGGCACCCUCCCCGCCUGCCGCCGCGUCGGCCGUUUGCCUCCUCCCCGCAGGCGAGUCCCCCACCUCGCCUGCUUCCAGUGAUGGACUGCUGCCGCCACGUGAACCCGUUCCGCGCCUGCGCGGGGCUGCGCGGGCUGGGCUACCUCAUGGUGGCGCUCGUGGCCGCCAUCGCCGCCGCCUCGUACUACGCGGUCGUCGUCUACGCCUGGGGGCCCGUGCUCCUCGACGGGGGCGCCGCCGCGGCGGGGGCCGCCGCCGUGCUCGCCGCCUUCCACGUACUCCUUGCAAUGAUUAUGUGGUGCUAUUUGAUGGUUGUUUUCACUGAUCCUGGUUCCGUACCUGAAAACUGGAGACAUGAUGCCGAAUAUAGUGGGGAUCCUGGUUCCUCUUCAGAGGAGCAAGGAAGUGCACCUAGAUAUUGCUCUCGCUGUCAAAAUGGCAAACCUCCCCGCUGUCAUCAUUGCUCUGUCUGUAACAGAUGUGUGCUUAAAAUGGACCAUCACUGCAUAUGGGUAGUGAAUUGCGUUGGAGCAAGGAACUACAAGUAUUUUCUCCUUUUCCUGGUGUAUACAUUUGCUGAGACAGUGCUGGAUACCUUGGUACUAAUUCCAAACUUUGUUGAGUUCUUUCAAGAUGAAAGCAGGCGUUCCAGCUCCCCUGGGGAUACUGCUAUUCUAUUUGUUGCUUUUGUUCUCAAUUUAGCAUUUGUGCUGAGCCUUCUCUGUUUCAUUGGCAUGCACACAUCUCUCGUUACAAGUAAUACAACUUCUAUAGAGGUCCACGAGCGAAAGAAGUCAGUUUCAUGGAAAUAUGACCUAGGAUGGAGAAGAAACUUGGAGCAGGUCUUUGGCACCAAAAAAUUGUUCUGGUUCGUUCCCUUGUACUCUACAGAGGAUCUGCAUAACAUCCCUGCGCUUCGAGGCCUUGAGUUCCCCACUCGUUCUGAGGCAAUUGUCUAAUCGCAUAUGAUGUCUAGCAUCAGUGUGUUCUAUGACAUAGGGCCGUCUCACCUGUAGACUAUUGGAUUUCUGUACAGAAAUUUGUUAUUUUUUUUUGGUACAGAAACACGCAUGCCGAUUCUUUUGUACACUAGCUGUAAGAACCAAACAAAGAUUCACACGAUCGUGUUAAUUCUUUGUUGACUUAAACAGUUUCAGUUUUUUCCCCUUGUA